AUGGCUCUCUCAAUCUCUGUGCUGUUGGCUCUGGUGAUGCUGUGCUCCAGCCCUGCCUACUCUCUGGACUGUGACCUGCGUCCGAGCCAUGGCAAUCCAGAAACCUUCACACUUUUGAGUCAAAUGGAGAGAGUCUCCAUUCUGUCCUGUCUGAAGGACAGGACUGACUUCAACUUUCCUCAGAUACUUGUGGCUGGGAACCAGCUUGAGAAGACACAAGUGACAGCUGUCGUGCAUGAGAUGCUCCAGCAGGUCUUCAACCUCUUCAGCAAAAGCGACUCCUUUGUGGCUUGGGAUGAGACGCUUCUGGAUAGAUUCCUUGUUGGACUUUACCAACAGCUGGAUGACCUGGAGACGUGUUUGAGGGAGGAAAUGAACGUGGAACAGCUACCCCUGGGAAAUGAGAACUCCAGACUGGCUGUGAAGAGAUACUUCCAAGGAAUCAGUCUCUAUCUUAAAGAGAAAGAAUACAGCCACUGUGCCUGGGAGGUUGUCAGGGUAGAAAUCAGAAGAUGCUUGCUCGUCGUUAACAAGCUCACAGGGACAUUCGGGAAAUAA